AUGCUUGUUCCUGGAGACCGUGUCGCCGUGGAUGGGUUUUUGGCCACGGUGCGCUUUGUGGGCGAGAUCCCGAACUGGCCCAACGAGACCGCCAUCGGCAUCGAGUGGGACGUUCCCGAACGCGGCAAGAACGACGGCUCAAUCAACGGGACGCGCUAUUUCAGCACACUGCACGGAGCGAAGUCGGCCAGUUUUGUCAAGCUCUCGAAGCUGCAGCCCAGGCGGUCAUUCAUGGACGCAAUGGUGUACCGGUACGCGAGCGAUGAGUCACUUGCCAACGAAUCUGCGUCUCUGAUCGACCAUUUCGAUCUCACCAUCGGCACAAAAAAGGUCGAGAGCUACGGGUUCGAGAAGCUGAGUCGACUACAAGCAGACUUCCGGAACCUCGAGACAGUUACGCUCGAGCGACUGAACGUGGCGGUUUCGUCUCCGAUCGACUCUUCGCUCCACAACUUGCAGGUGCUCGAUCUGGGCUUCAAUUUACUGGAUUGGCCCAAUCUGAUGCAAAUCGUGCUCCAGCUCCCGAAUCUGCAUACUCUCAAGGCAAACGGAAACCGCUGGACGCGAUUCCAGAGCUGUGAGCCGUGUUUGUCGGUACAUACGCUGCAUCUUUCCGCUUGCGACCUUGGAAAUUGUGAAUACACCCCCAAACUGCUCUCCUGCUUUCCGAGACUGCAACAUCUCCAUGUCGCUUCAAAUAACCUGAGUCACAUAGAGGUAUGCAGGCUGGAAUUGCUCGAUCUGUCAGAUAACAGCUUUGCGUUGCUCACCGACGCGCCGCGAGCCAAACGACUCAACCUCUCAUACAACGACCUCCACAUCCCCUCUCUCACCGACAGCUCCCUCCAGAUAAUUGAGGAACUAGACCUUUGCAAUACAGCGGUUUCUGAGUGGUCAGAAAUUGACAAUCUGGCACAGCUACGCAGCCUCACCUCUCUCAGAAUAUUGAACACCCCCCUGCUCGACUCUAUCGACUACGACUCUGCAAUGAGCCAGAUUUUUGCAAGAAUUCCGUCUCUCGUAAAACUUGACGGAACAGUGUAUACCACCAAACACCGUGACAACUUUGAGCUCUACUUCAUCAGCAAGGUCAGGUCCAAGGAGUGGAAAUGUCCGCAGCCACUGUGGAUGAGUUUAUGUGCAAAACAUGGCCUUCCCCCGGAGGAAAGCACCCCGGCUCGUCAUCUGCCCACACCCACGCGCGUCGAAGUGGUGUUCAAUGAUUCUCGCUUCUCUGCUACGCUGUUCUCCUCUGCAACGGUAGGAAAGCUGCGUGGAAAGAUCUCGCGGAAACUCGGGCUCAGCGUGCUCGAGUUUCAGCUGUACGCCCAGCUCGGACACGACACGGAACAUCUCGCUAACGACCAGCAGACAGUGGCCGCCCUAGGGCUCGCUAGCCCGUUGCGACUUUCUGUCCUAACACCUAGCUCGUUUCUCGUCAAACAGUACAAGACGAUCAAAAAUGCCAAUCCGGACGUCCCUAUACUGAUCCGAGAGUGCUCGAACGUGUCGCCUGCGGUGGUUAUGCGUGUGGCCAAUGGCAGAGAGAUUCGCAAGGAGCUGACGAGUCUGAGCGAGCCUGAGAUCUCAGAGGUGCUGAAAGGCGAUUCGUAACACGGUCUAUGACGUCCAUUUACAGGACUUACUAUAUACUAUUUAUUUAUCACGUUGCUCAAUGAUAGCUCUUUGGGACUUUGCCUUCACCAUCUGGCGUAGCGCAGCAUUUCUGGCCUUCUCAUCGGCCUUUUCUCUCACCUCUGUGUUCUCUUGCAUCUCCUUCCAGGUUUCCGAGAAGUUCUCCACCAGACCUUUGCUGUCCUUGGCCGGUUUCUGCAUCGGGUACAUGCCACACAUUUUUCUGAACUUGGCAGACCUCAGAAGACGGGCCUGUAUGAUUGAAAACAGGCCGUUGGCCGUGAAAUACACCAGCACGGCCGCAGACAUGUUCCAGGUGAAGACAAUGGACAGGAACGGCAAUGCCAUGAAGGCCUUCUGGGUUUUAGCACCAAACUGGCUGACUGCCGUCUCGCCGCCAAAUCUGAACGAGACAGCAUACAGACAGGCAGAAAUCAACUGCAACCCAAUGUAGGGAUCUGGAGCAGUCAGGUCGUUGAACCAGUACAAACCCUGGUUGUCAAAGCCUUGCACGGGCAGGUUGGCCAUUUCCCUGAUACCAAAGAACGAGCCAAUACCGUACGUAAGCUGGAUUCCCGGCGAAAGAAACAUUCUCGAGUACUUGACACCGUACUUCUUAUUCAGUUUUUUAAUUUCCUGCAUUUUCAGCUGCUGCGUCAUGCGGUCUCCUCUGGCCAUUGCGCUGUUCAGUUCUUUGCGCAACACCUUUGUCUCUGGCGCGGCAGCCUGAGAACGCGCCAUGGCGUCCGACGAGGCCAUGAAAAGCGGCAGCAAAGCGAACCUAAUGCCCAGCGUUGUGGCGGCGAUGGUGGCCCACCAGGGCAGACCCGUGGUCACGUGCACCGCCUCGAGAGUGGUCUGUAUCAGGUCGGAGGGCCACCAGCCGUCGCUCAGCCCGACACUUUUCAUGUACCCCCACUGAUCAGAGGUAAGCACGUUCGACACAUUCGACACUGUCUCUGCGUCAAAACCUAGCGAGGUGUCGAAUUUCGGCUCUGGUGUCUCUGUGCUGUUGAAACGCACCCCCGUGGCGGCCAAUGCGGCGCGCCGUCCGACAAGGGUUCUUGCGCGAACGCUCACCAACGGUCU